AGAACGCCUUUCGAUAUCUGUUGAGUGACGUCAGAGCGUGACGUUGGUGUACAUGUUUCUUCCUGUGCUCUGCUAGGCUAGUUAGCAUGUGCUGCCUUGAAGGUCCAGCUUAAUUUACAAGUUACAUUCUCGUCAAAUUCACAUUGUAGUAUUCACAUCUUCGGCAGCAACAUGAGCACGCUAUGGAUGGGGAACCUGGAGGCCUACAUGGAUGAGAAGUUUAUCACCAGAGCCUUUUCCACCAUGGGAGAGCAGGUGAUUAAUGUACGGAUCAUACGCAACAAGAUGACAGGUGUGUCAUCACCCAGGGGUGCUCUGGGUUACUGUUUCGUGGAGAUGACAGAUGAAGCAACAGCUGAGAGAUGUCUCCGCAAAAUCAAUGGAAAAGCCUUACCAGGAGCCAACCCGCCCACAAGAUUCAAGUUAAACCGAGCCACCUUUGGGAAACAAGACAGUGGUCAGAUGUAUUCUCUGUUUGUGGGAGAUCUAACUCCUGAGGUGGACGAUGGGAUGCUUUAUGAGUUCUUUUACAACCGCUACCCUUCCUGUCGUGGUGGAAAAGUGGUGCUGGAUAGCAUGGGCAACUCCAAGGGCUGUGGCUUUGUUCAGUUCCCAGACGAACGGCUCCAAAAGCGAGCGUUAGAGGAGUGUCAGGGUGCUGUGGGACUGGGUGGGAAACCUCUGAGACUGAGCCUGGCUGCCAACAAUUUAAGGAACAGGCAGCAACAGCAGUCAGAGCACAGAUCGUGGCAGUCCAACUCGACAUACAGACCAAACUAUGACCAGUACAACCAGUACCAGCAGCAGGCCUACCCAGGGUAUUACUCCCAAUGGGGCUACGACCAGACGGGAGCAGGCUAUGGCUACAGCUACCCACAGUACGACUACACACAGUAUCCCCCACCACAGGAGAGUGAACCUGUUCAGGACGACGGACUUGAAGAUCCCAGUCCAGAGCUGGAUGUGAUGGAGGCCAACAGGAAGUUCAUGGAGCUGAGUGAGGAACUGUACGACGCUCUGAUCGAUUGUCACUGGCAGCCGGCAGACUUCACUACAGAACAGGACGACAUGGCAUCCAGCCUGCCAGAGCCAAUUUACUGCUGAGACACAACUCAUUGUUUUCUCUGGACUUUACCUCCCUGGAGGACUUUAUUUACAUUUAAUAAAGGGCAUAAGCCUCGGUAAUGGACAAAACAUGUAAUGUAAAAUGAAAUCAAAUCUUAGAAACUAAAAUGACGUCACCAUAUGUUACAAAAAGAAAAUAUCAGACAUUUAGUGACACCUUGAUUGUGUCAGUGUCAGACAUUACAAAAUCUGUGUAAUAUACUGUCAUAUGUGAUUAUAGCAUCUUUUAAGCUAUUCUGGUGACAAAUGUUUUUGUUUUUGCUAGAAAAAUUAAAUGGCCAGUGGUGAAAAUCAGAGAA